CAUACAUCAGUAUUUUUUGGUAACCGUGUUGUAUCGUCGUCGCCUCUCUCUCUCUCUAGCUGGAGGAAUUCCCAAAUCUCUCACAAAUGGACAAUUCUAGGGUUUCCGCGACGACGACGAUGACUACCGUGAUGAGCUACGAUGUCGAUGUGACGGCGAAACGAGUUUCAGACAAGUUUAACUUUUCGCCGAUGGAAAAGCAAAACUUGGUCGAGGAAGAAUACAUUGAAAGCGAAACUGAAAGCGAAGAAACCGAGAGCGAAGUAGGCGAUGGAAGCGAAAGCGAAACCGAGAGCGAGAGCGAAGGCGAAGUAGAAGACGGUCGGGAAUACAGAGGGUUAGAAGACGUGGAAGAACCGGAACCGGAACCGGAGUGGGAUGUGGACAGCUUUGAUGGUCGGGAAUACGAAUCAGAUCGAGAGAUUCGUGACAGCUUUGCUAACGAGAAUGAUUACAUGGAAUACCGCCAAGAGAGGAUCCAGGCUUUGGAGGAUAGAGGGUUUUUACCAGAUCCAUUCAAUUUCAUUGGCGCUAUUCAGAAUCUGGAUGGACCAGCUUAUGGAAACAUGACUAAUAGGGAGUACUUGGCGGGUCUUGCUUCCAUGUGCGUUAAGAAACUCAACGAGGUUAAGGGAAAGACUGUGGAAUUUGAUAGUAUUGUGAGAGCCACUACAAAUGCUGGAGGAGCUAGUUGGAAGCUGUAUAUAACGUUUAUGGCUCGGGAGUAUCCGAGUGGGCCUCUCGUGGAGUAUCAGGCUAAGGCCAUGAAUUUCGUUGGACAAUCUCGAGAUCCUGUUCCCAUUCUCUGCAGACCUGCCCCUAUAAAACCCUUUAUCUAAGACUAUUACAUAGAUGGUUAUGUUGAUCGAUGUUUUGGCUACCAGAAGACCGAGGCUUCCAGCUAUAGUUAUAGCUACGAGUUGGAUCUGGGUGGACUUUGGUUUUUAUCAUUGUUUGCUGUGUAAUGUGACCUAAACCUGCAACUUAAUAAGUUGUGCGAUAUAAUUAUGAAGUUUAAUGGUUAAUUAAUUAUGUUUCUUUAAUUA